UUAUAGUCUCGGCGGUAGGUUGGGCUCGCGGUAGGUUGGCCUGCUCCCGAAUAAAGUUGGCACAUUUUCUCAAGUCCCCGGUCUCACUAAAUUUACUAAUAUCUCUUAAUCAACGAACUCUUUUUAUCCAUCUUAAGAAAAGAAAUUAAAUUGGAAUUUUAGAAUUUGAAAUGAAAGUGCUUGCUUCUGGAGCCCCUUUGCCACAAUCACUUAAUUUGUCCAAUAUUUCAAAUCACUUGCUAGCGAGAAAUUAUCAAAUUAUAAUGGAUGCGCAGCAACGUCAGAACUUCCUCUACCUUAUCACGGGAGCAUCAACUGCUUCAAGACAAAAUACCUUAAAUGAAGAAAGCCCAUCGGGUGACGAAUCCGACGAAGGUGAUGAUUGGCGUGAGACUGGUGAUGAAAAACCCUCUUCUAGCUUUGGAGCGAUGCCUGCUUUCAAAUCUAUAGGAAUAAAAAAGAAAAAGACUCGUACUGUAUUUUCCAGAAGCCAGGUAACAAGAAACAUUAAUUGUUAG